CUUGUGCCCCCUCUCUUUCAUCUCUUCCUCUCUUGUUUUCAAGCCUUAGAAAUGGAGACAAAACACCCAAAACUUGAAAAACCAGACCAAAUAGUUUGGUCCUUAGAAGAAGAAGAUGUCUCAAUUCAUUCAAAGUCUUACACAUGUUCUUUCUGCAAAAAAGGGUUCUCGAACGCUCAAGCUCUUGGUGGUCAUAUGAACAUCCAUAGGAAAGAUAGGGCUAAACUUAGGGAAUCUUUCGAAGAAAACGUACUAAUUUCUUCAGAUAUAACACUCGGUCUAGUUCAAGUUCAAGAUCGUUAUCUAAUUUCGGAAACCAUAUUAGAAUCUAGUGGAGAGAAAAAAGUUCCUAGGGAUGAUGAUAAUGGCUCUGGUGCCAGCCCUAAGGGAAAAGAUGGGGUCGGAGAGAAUUCGAGAUCGAGUCAUGGUUCGUCGUCUCAGGUAGAAUUGGAUCUUGAGCUACGGUUAGGACCCGACUCUCGAGCCUCAUGAGGGUCUUUAUCUAUGAAACGGAUAAUAUCUUAUCGCCGGCGUAAUCCAACAAUCCUUGCAUCAAUUGAAAAGCUCUUUCCGAUUUAUAUGAUCGAUGAUGAUGCUUGAUGGACAUCCAAAUAAUAAAAAAGGUUUCUCCUUCUUUAGCUUUCUCUAUUUUCAAUUUCUCUUGUGAAUUAUGAAGAUUCAAAUUUGGGUUUUGUUCAUGAAGCUGAUAUAUUUAGUUUUUAUCAUAAUCUGAUCCUCGUAUUUUGUUGACUUCA